AAGUGGUCAGAGCAUGCGCACAGGACGAAAUUCUUUUAACUUGCUUAAGAAGAGGAAGUUUGUCGGGCACCUCACCACUGCACGCGGCGCCCCGACCUCGCUCGGGAGAAUGCGGGGCUGCUGGAACAAACUGCUCUUCUGGGGUGUCUUUUCUUCGCUCACAUUUUCAAAAGCUCUACUGGGUUGUAAAACCAUGAAAAAUCCAAAAGAAUUCCCUUCUCCAAGUUUGAACUCAAGUACUCCUGUGAUCACAGUGGGUCAGAAUGUGUCCCUGUACUGUUCCCAUGAGAACACAUCACUGCAUAUCACUUACUCACUGUUUUUGCACAAGAAACACUUGGAAACCAAGAAGGGAAUAGCAGAGUCGGUGAUUUUCCACCACACAAUCUCGAAAGCCAAUGACUCAGGACCUUACAAAUGCAAAGCUGAAGCUUUCAACUGCUCAAAAUACAGUCCCGCCUUCUACUUCCUGUUGGAGGAGAGAAACAGCUGUCCUUUGUGCCUGCUGCUGAUGCCGAUUGCAGUAUUGAUUUUGGUGUUGUUGGCAGCAGUCCUCCUCCUGGUUUGUUUGAUACCAAAAUACAAAGCAAGAAAAGCUUUAAGAGAUAAUGCGCCCACGAACCCUGGAGAUACCCCCACGGAAGGCCACAUGUACGAAAAUGUCUAUAAACAUCAAGCAGGACGCUCGCAGGAAAUACAUUACGCUGUACCCGUGUUCCAAGAAUCGGUCCCCAGAGAGCAAGCACUAUCUGCAGCUGGCUGGCACCGCUCUUACCUGCUCACUGCCUGUUCCACCACCACGAGAAGCACUUUGUCUCUUUUGUUUCCCGACGCCUAAACUUAGGCAUGGUGGCUCAGCCUAUAGUUCCAGCCCUUGGGAGGCUGAGGCAAGAGGAGCACUAGGAGUUCCAGGCCAGCCGGGACACACAGUGAGUUCAAGGCCAACCUGAAUUACAAAACAAGAACAAAACAACCCCCCCCCCAAACCCCAAAACAAAAACAUCAAUUUGUGCAUUUAAAAUAGGCAAAUUUAUUACAUAUAAGUUAUAUCUUAAUAAAAGUGAUUAUGGUGGAAGGUGAUUCUCAGAGGUACAGUGCUUGUCCAUCAACGCAUAAGGCACUGGGUUUUAACUAUAAAACAGAAACAAAAACGAUUAAACCCAAAACCAGGUUAUCCUGAAUUUGAAUUCAAAGUAUUAGUGUGAACUUAUGAUUAACUUUUUUAGAAGGGAAACACACACACACUUGUGCAUUUGCUAGCUUGGAACCCUAAAAAAGCCUACAGAGACCACUUUUGAUCAGUGAGCAUCCCAUAUCCAGUGUGGCUUCCAAGAGGAACCAGGUUUCGAUGGAGAAACACAGCAAUAUACAAUCUCUUCAGGGACAGGAGUCAGCAGGGGUACUAUCAAAGACCACUGAAGGUUGUCAGAAUGACUGAGCCCGAGAGGUUCCUAUCAGCCAAAGAUGGGAUGCGAGGAGCAUCAGCAGGAACCCUGCUGUAAAGCAAAGCAGCAGACCCUGCACGGAUCCCUUUUGUACCUCUAGGUAAGCACACAAGAGGUGGGAAGUUUGACUUUGACAGCAUCU